AUGGUUUUAAUAUAGAAAGGAUAAACAAAGUUAAAUAUUGCAAAACAGAGUGUAAUAUUUUUGAAUGAUUUUAAUAUAGAAAGUUUAAACUAACUUUACUAUUUCAAAAUAGGAGGUAGUAUUCUUGAACAGCUUUUGACAGGAAAAAAAAUGAACAAAUUUUAAUAUUUUAAAAUAGAUACUUGUAAUAAAUAUUUUGAAUCAUUUUAGAUAGAUAGAAAGAAUGAACUAACUUUAAUAUUUAAAAAAAGAUUGAAGUAAUAUUUUAGAAUAGUUUAAAGUAGAAAAAAACAAUGGAUUAACUUUAAUAUUUCAAAAAAGCUUAGCGUAAUCAAUACUUUUGAAUUGUUUAAGAUAAAAAAAAUGAGCCCACUAUUAUAUUUCAAAUUAGAAAAAUGUAUAUUUUUGAAUAGUUAAAAAUAGAAAAAAACCAAGAACUAACUUUAUUAUUCAAAUAGGAUGUAAUAUUUUUGA